AUGUGCCUGGAUAUUCUUGAUGAAGAGGAUUCUAGGGGCUUAGAGGUUGGGUUGAAGGCGGUAGCCGAGGAACAGAAGGAGUGGUUGAAAGAGUUGAUUGCUUCCGGCAACCUGCAACCGGCGAAUCGGAAGAUUAUGGGAGGAAAGGGUCCCGUGUUAAAGGUUCUUCCGAAUGGGGAGACGCGGUGUGGGUGGAUUCAGGCGUCGGUAUCGUUUGCCGAUGAUGAUGCCCUUAGUGUUGAGGGUUCCUGUGUUGAUGACGAGUAUCAAACUUCUGAGAAUGACAUUUCUUGGGAGAUUGAUUUUCCGUGUGAAGUGCUUGAGGGUGAUUGGUAUCCAAAUGUCGUUCAAGCUCAUGCUGAGACCGCACGCUUGUGCAGGGUCCUAUCACAAGAGCUGGGCGGAUGUUGGGAUUCGUUCUGCUUUGAUGGAUUGUUCGGGCAGCUGAGAGCGGCUGAGAAUCAAAGGGAUUGGUAUGAAGGGCUUCUCUGGGAUGAGUUUCUUCGGGAUUCCGCGAUAUCCUUGAGGUCACUAAGUACAGUUCCUUUGGGCAGUGAUGAGCCGUUACCGGCUUCAGAGGUGUUCCUUCAAACUAGGACGGUCUCUAUGACGGAAGCUAGGCGGGAACUUCCGUUGUGGAUUCCACCGGCGCAGGAGGAAGUUACGUCUCUUGAGGAUGUCCAUGAAGCAGUCAUUAGAAUACAAGUUCCGGAUAUCGAGGCCCUUGUUAAGACUGGUCAUCGGGUUGUUCAGGUUCCGGGGAAGGCCGUGCUUACGCGGAAGUCCGGUGUAGGUAAACGUCGGUUUCGAUGCGUGGCAUGUGGGAACUUUAUCCCUCAAAAUGAGAACGCCCAGAGCCUCUACACCACUGGAGUUGAGGGUGUGACCUUAAGGGUAGCACUUGCUUAUGCUGCACAUAUGUCUUGGGUUGGCCGGACCGCCGACAUUAAGACUGCAUUCCUGAAUGCCCCCUUAGAGGAAGGCUACGAUAAUGGGACAGAGGAGAUUGUAGUUGUACGCCCUCCUCACAUUCUUGUGGAAAUGGGACUCCUCGGUGUCACUGAUCGGUGGCGGGUAGUUAAGGCCCUGUACGGUCUAAGACAGGCUCCGAAGGCUUGGGCUGUGCACCGGGAUAAGAUUUUAAAGGCUUUUGAGUUCAUGUACAAGGGUUCGCGCUUUGUCCUGAAGCAAGCGAUUGCUGAUGAGUCGUUAUGGUACAUUAUAAAGGCGGACAUCUCGGAUGCUAACAACUAUGCCCUGAUGGUCGUGUACGUCGAUGACAUCUUGGGAUUGGGACCGAGGGACCUUUUGGUAUCGCUCUUCGAAGCCAUUAAGAAUAUUUGGACGAUUUCAGAACCAGAGUGGAUUGUCAAGGAGAAAUCUGUAAAGUUCUGCGGCAUUGAGUUGUGGGCACUUGAUGACGGCUUCCGUAUGUCUCAGUCGGAUUACUUGAGGGAGCUAUUCGCGAGGUAUAACAUUUCCACUGGUGCGAGCUGUCCUAUGUCAUCCUGGAGCGAACCGGAACCCGAGGUAGAUGCAACAACAGAUCUGAUCAAGGAAGCCCAAGGGGUCACAGGUGCACUCCUAUGGGCUGCUUCGAAAAGCAGACCGGACAUCAGCUACUCUGUCUGUAAGCUUGGGCAGUACGCAACAAAAUCGCCGGGUAUCGUCGUCAAGGCUGGUAUGCAAAUCCUUAAGUAUCUCUUUGACACUGUAGAGCUGGGCAUUGAAUACAAGCGAACAGCAGGCACAGCUUGGUUGGACACACCAAUCCCGAGAACGGUUGGUACGGUAGAGGUGUUCACUGAUGCUUCACACGCGCCGGAGGGGGCUAGAAGCCACCAGGCGAUUAUGGUGAUGUGGCUUGGCAGUCUUAUCGCUUGGGAUUCAUCCAGACAACCUUUCACAACACUGUCCAGUGCAGAGAGCGAGCUGGUGGCCAUAAUAUCUGGGGUGUGCGCCGCGGAAUCAGUCGGGGCUAUCUUGGAGGAAUUAGGUGAUCAUGGGUUGUUUGAUUCGGACGCACCGGGUGUGAUUGACAUUGGCCAUGAGCCAGAGGACUCUGAAGAUGAGGAUUCGGAUGUGUUUGACCCCGACGAGUAUGGCCCCUUGCCAUCUUGGUUCUCCGGUGCUGAGGAUGCGGUUCCCGUCAGUGGUGAGCUUACUGAGUUCCCCUAUGUCAUUUGGGCUCCUUCUGACUUUGUUCAUUACCUGAGACGAUUGCUGGCUUUGAACGGCGCCACUAUGUUGAGCUUGCUUGGUAACCAGUCGGUCGAAUGGGUGCGGCUGAGGACAGUGUCGAGAUCCUUUCAAUCUGGGGUCGUGCUUGCUUUAGUGGUAUGGCUUCAGGGUCGAGGGAUGAUUAGCCGAAUGCUUGACGGUCCAGUGUCCUAUGACGUAGCCACCGCUUACAUUACUGGGCGCAUUGCGCCAGAUUCCGAGAGCGAAGAUGAAGCAUUGGAUGAUUAUCCGCAUCGCGAUCCCGCCUACCAACAGCAUCCUCCGGUGCCAGUGUUUGCUCAGAUGUUUCAAGAAGCUUUUGAGGAAGCUACUUCGUCUGAUGCGAGUGUGACUUCUACUACCGAGCCAUCGGUUUGGAGUGCGAGUUCUAGUGAAGUUGAGGAGCUUGGGCAAGUCGAGGAAGUCGCUGAUAGCUUGAGUCCUUCUGCUGAGGCUGUUGCUGGGGUCCGAUACGAAGCUGAAGACGGGAAGCUUUUGGUUUACUAUGUCGAUGAUGUAUUAGUUGUUCCUCUGCCGGGGUGGAGCCUCGCGCAGGUUCUGGUGGUAGUUCAAGGGCUACGCACAGGCGUUUGGGAUAACUUUCAAGAGGCCUUGGAGGCUGUUUCAGGUGACGGGGCAGAAGCUCCUGGGUCUUAA